GCAACGAAUCAAAUGGCGUUUGAAUGAUAGUGACAUUAUUUGAUUUGACAUUGACAGCUAUCCAGUUUGUAUUGUUUUGAAGGUCGAAAAAUGAUAAAAUAAUAUUGAAAAACUACGUUAUGGUCUCAAUUUGGGCUUAAAAAGUGUUAUUUUAAGAUUGUAUCGACAAAUAUUGGUUUAGUUUGUGUUAUAAGACCCAAGUUUAGAGUGUGGUGAUGGUACUCCUACUACAUAAACAUGAAUCCAAAGUUACCGCAUUUCAAUCUGCACUUGCCGGCGGAGGAGCCGGUGCUUUCACAAGAGCAGUGGCACAGCCCCUGGACGUGUUGAAAAUUAGGUUCCAACUUCAACUGGAGCCAAUAAAACAAGGUUCUAAAUAUAGCUCCGUAUUUCAAGCCUUAUCGUCUAUUGUGAGAGAAGAGGGACUGUCUACGCUUUGGAGUGGUCAUAUACCGGCGCAGUUACUAUCUAUAACUUAUGGAGUAUUGCAAUUUACGACGUUCGAAGAGCUUACGACUGUGUGCAAACAUGCAAACCCUGAAUUUUUCGAUACCCAUAGACACGCAAUUAUUUUUUCUAACGGCGCUGUGGCGGCGACCUUAGCAACGGUGCUUUCCUUUCCUUUCGAUACUGUGAGAACUCGGCUAAUAGCUGAACAGAAGACUCAAAGAGCCUACAAAGGAUUCACUCAUGCAUUCAAAACUAUGGUCAGGACAGAAGGGUCUGCAGCAUUAUUUAAAGGUUUAAUACCCACUUUAGGGCAAAUCGCGCCCCAUGCUGGUAUCCAGUUCGCUGUUUACAAGCUUUUCACAGACAAUAUAUUGACUAAACUGAAAUUCUUUCAAAGAGAUACUCUCGCUGGGACAGUAGAGUCAUCUCUGUUAGCAAAUCUAAUAUCAGGAUCAAUUGCAGGUUUUGUGUCAAAGACUGCAAUAUAUCCCUGUGAUUUAGUGAAAAAACGGCUACAAAUCCAAGGCUUCCAACAAUACAGGACGAGCUUUGGUAAACAAAUGUAUUGUAAUGGUAUAUUAGACUGUAUUAAGCUGACAAUAGUUGAGGAGGGGUUCCUGUCUCUGUACAAAGGCUACUGGCCCAGUAUGCUGAAAGCUGUGCUUGUGUCAGCACUGCAUUUUGCUGUUUAUGAUGAAAUAAAACACCUACUGAUGAAUGCACAGACUUGAAAAGUGACACAUAGAACACAGUUCUAAAAUGCUUAUUAUUUAUACACAUCACUCAUAGUUAUUUAAGAAAAUAAGAAAAUAGUUGAAAUUACUCUUUAUAAUGAAUCUUAAAAUAUAAUACUCUGUAUCUAUCAUAUGUAAUUGUAUUUUUUGGCAACAUAGAAUAAUGAAUAGAAUCAGGCUUUACUUUGCGGAAAUUCAAAGCAAUUAACGCAAAAAAUGUUUUUGUAUUUUCUUUUUUGUCUUGGCAUAAAAAUAAUCGCUAUCACAGUGCAAUCUCUAUAAUCUGGCACUUCAAUAGUCCGGUAUACCCAGUAAUCGGGCACUGAAAUUGAGGUACAAAUCAUCAUUCUAUGUCCCAAUUUACUAUGUGUUUCCUUUAUCACACUUCAAUAUCUUAAUAAAUGGCUAAGUUCCUGAUAACAGUAGAAUUUUCUUUGAAUUUAGUAUUUUAGUAAAAUGUAAAGCCUCAACAAAUUCUUACAAUGACAUAUAUGUAUAAAAAUGGGUCAAUCUGUAUGAACAUUUCCAAAGUGACCUUUCUCUUAAAUAAUACUGCUAUCACUUUAGUGUUAUUUUAAUAUAAAUAUGUUACUUGUUGUUAUCAUGACCAGGGGGGACGGGGGGCAGUGCCCCCUAAAUAACAAAAUUUCUAAAUGUGUAUUCCCCUCCCCUGCCCAUCAGAUGGCGACGCCCUUGUGUUGUUAUUUUAUUAUGUAGCUCAAUAGACGUAUGUAUAAUAUGGUUGUAAUAUAUAUAAUAUCUAGAUAGAGAAACCUAAAAAACUUAAGUAUUAAUUUGAAUAAAACAAGUGUAAAUAAAAGAA